AUGGUGGCGUGGCAGCGCAGCGGCCAGUGGCGGAAGGAACAGCAUUUCGGGGCUGGGUCUUGCUGCCAGGCUGCCGAGAUUCCUUGUGUGGAGGCCCUCGGGGCGAUGGCAGCCCUCCAGCAGGAGGCACUGCCCAUCGGGUGCGGGGCCAUGGCGGCGUUGCGCAGCGCCUGCGAAGAGAGGCAUCAAGCGGCGCCGGCAGAGGCCAUCGAAACAGUCAUUUCGGUAGUGCUGGCAUCCACGGCAGCCCGUCUGCUCAGUCAGCGCCCAAUUCUGGAACAUGGAGAGCAUCUUCAGCGCCCGCUCUGUUCCAUUCGAACUUAUCUUCAAGAUCAUUCGUUGCCCUGGCUUCAUUGCCGCCGCAUUGUAACACCGCUGGCAAGAGGCGUUGCUGCAUCAUCUGACGUGGACAAAUUGGAGGCUCCAUACGCGAGGCUGCUGCUGUGCGAAACUGGGCAAGCUGGUAACCCUAAAGCAAUCGCAGCUCUGGCGAAAUGA